AUGAUGGAGAACGUGGAGGAGAAACCCCACCAGCAGAACCUUGUGGAAGAGGUUGUUUUGAAGGGCUCCAUGGAGCAGGAGGUCAAUGAAGAGGGAAAGCCAAGAAGAUGCUCCAUGGAGCAGGAGGUCAAUGAAGAGGGAAAGCCAAGAAGAUGCUCCAUGGGGCAGGAGGUCAAUGAAGAGGGAAAGCCAAGAAGAUGCUCCAUCAUGAAGGUCAAUGAAGAGGGAAAGCCAAGAAGAUGCUCCACAGGGAGAGGUUCCACCCCACGAAGCUCGGAGGAGGAAAGACCAACCAUCUGUGAAGAAUGUGGCCGGAGCUUCAGCCGUAACUCCAACCUGAUGGUCCACCAGAGGUUACACGCUGGUGAGAAGCCCUACAAGUGUUUGGAAUGUGGGAAGAACUUCAGCCGUAGUUCUCAUCUCAUCACCCAUCAACGUCUCCACACCGGUGAGAAACCCUACAAGUGUCCUCAUUGUGGGAAGAGCUUCAGCGACAGCUCCACCCUCAUCACCCACCAACGUCUCCACACCGGUGAGAAACCCUACAAAUGUCCUGAUUGUGGCAAAGGUUUCAACCAAAGUUCCAACUUGACAUCCCACCAACGUACCCACACUGGAGAAAGACCCUACAAGUGUCCUGAAUGUGGGAAGAGCUUCAGCGUAAGUUCUUACUUGAUCCGUCACCAGAAGAUCCACACGGGGGAGAGACCUUAUAAGUGUGAAGAAUGUGAGAAGACCUUCAGCCAAAGCUCCAGCCUCAUCAUCCACCAACGUGUCCACACCGGGGAGAAGCCCUAUAGAUGCGUUGAGUGUGAGAAGUGGUUUAGAAACAGUUCGGAUCUCAUCAGACAUCAGAGGACACAUACGGGUGAGAGACCUUAUCGUUGUCCUCACUGUGGGAAGAGCUUCAACAGGAGCUCCAACUUGAUGACCCAUCAACGUAUCCACACCGGGGAGAAACCUUAUGGAUGUCCUCAGUGUGGGAGGAGCUUCAGCGUAAGUUCUGCUUUGAUUAAACAUCAAAGGACACAUCGAGAAGAGAAGUCCUAUGAGUGUCCAGACUGUGGGAAGAGCUUCAUCCGUUGUUCCAACUUCAUCACUCAUCGCAGGAUCCAUGUUGGGUAGAGACCUCGUGGUCCAUGUUGA